AUGAGACUGAACUUCGAAGUCCGAAGGGUGGACACGGCGCUCAUUGGCUUCGCCGGAGAGGUAGUACAACCCAUGGGCGAGGUAACACUACCCGUGUCCUUGGGGACUGAGCCCCUACGCGCCACCCGAGCCGUCAGGUUCCUGAUCAUAGACGCGCCGUCAACGUAUAAUAUGAUAAUGGGACGACCCUCAAUGAACUCGUUCGAAGCCGUCGUAUCCACUUUCCACAUGAAGAUGAAAUUCCCGGUCCUGGAUCGGGUAGGCGAAGUUCGGGGAGAUCAGGAGACGUCAAGACGGUGCUACAACCAAGCGCUGAAGGGGCAGCGGCGCAUUAAUCCCGUCGGAUGGGGAAGAUGUUCAGAGAAGCCCGAGGGUGACGGUGUGGAUAAGGUGAAGGAAAAGAGGCCCCGCGAGGACUCGGACGAAGAAGGAGAAGGGCACAUCCAACCAAUGGAGGAAUUACAAGUGGUUCACCUAAGCGAGAGCGACCCUACCCGGGUCACCAAAAUAGGAACAAGAAUGGAUAGCGAAACGGCUGGGAGGUUGAUAUCGUUUCUACGAGACCACCAGGACGUGUUCGCCUGGUCUCCUAGAGACUUGGUCGGGAUAGACCCCGCCAUAGCCGUCCACAAGUUAAACGUAAGGCCCGGCGCCUGCCCCGUAAAGCAGAAAAGAAGACACUUCGGAGCAGAGAAGGAUAGGAUCAUUGAGGAGGAAGUAAAAAAGUUACUCGAGGCCGGACAUAUCAAAGAGGUCCGAUUCCCGACCUGGCUGUCAAACGCUGUGCUAGUAAAAAAGACGGACGGAAGAUGGAGGAUGUGCAUAGAUUUCCGUGACCUGAACCAAGCAUGCCCUAAAGAUCACUACCCCCUGCCAAGGAUCGACCAGCUAGUGGACUCAACCGCGGGGUGCGCGAUGUUAAGCAUGAUGGACGCCUCGCAAGGAUACCAUCAGAUUCGCCUAGACAAGGAGGACCAACCCAAGGUAAGCUUUGUAACCUCUACGGGAACAUACUGCUAUGUUGUGAUGCCGUUCGGGUUGAAGAACGCGGGCGCAACAUACCAGAGAUUGGUGGACACCAUGUUCCGAACACAGUUAGGACGAAACAUGGAGGUAUACGUGGAUGACAUGCUGGUCAAAAGCAAGGAGGUCAACGAGCAUCUCGACGACCUGCGGGAGACGUUUACGACACUACGGAAGUACGGAAUGAAACUCAACCCUACCAAAUGCGCGUUCGGCGUGGAAACGGGAAAAUUUUUAGGCUACAUGGUAACCAAGCAAGGAGUGGAGGCUAACCCGGAGAAGGUACGGGCUAUAAUGGAGAUGCUGCCCCCAAAAAAUAUAAAAGAAGUACAGACAUUGGCUGGCCGAAUCACAGCGUUAAGCCGCUUCAUCUCGCGGGCAGCCGACACCAGCUACCCGUUCUUUAGAAUCCUACGCAAGGGACACCGUUUCCAGUGGGGUGAUGAGGCCGAUCGUGCGUUCGAACAGCUGAAGGAAUCCCUCACUCGACUACCCCUGCUCGCGAAGCCGGAGGUCGGGGAGAAAUUGUACGUUUACUUGGCGGCAGGCUGUCAGGCCGUGAGUGCGGUACUGUUGAGCGAAAGAAACGGAAUCCAGCGUCCUGUCUACUACGUAAGUCGGAUGCUCAGAGGAGCUGAAAAAAAUUACUCGGAGAUCGAAAGAACAGGAUUAGCUCUCGUGGUCACGGCGCGAAAAUUGAGACCAUAUUUCCUGUCACACACAAUAAUAGUGCGAACCAACCUUCCCCUAAAAGGAACGUUGGGAAAGAUGGACGUGUCCGGCCGAAUGGUUAAAUGGGCAGUAGAGUUAGGACAAUUCGACAUCGGGUACGAGGCGCAGGCCGCCAUCAAGGGGCAAAUAUUGGCAGACUUUUUGCAAGGGACGGCACAGGAGAAAGAAGUCGGGGAGUGGAGGAUCUUUAUCGAUGGUUCCGCCACCCAGUCGGGAAGCGGAGCCGGGGUGUUGUUAAUUGACCCGGAAGGGGAGGAGUAUGAGUACGCAAUUCGAUUGGCCUUUCGAGCGUCAAACAACGAAGCCGAGUAUGAGGCCCUGCUGCACGCCCUGCAAUUGGCCUCCGAUGCAGGAGCCGAUUCUUUGGAAAUACUCUCUGACUCACAACUAGUCGUCCAACAAUUCAACGGUGUGUUUGAGACGAAGGACGAACGAAUGGAGGAAUACUGCAUCAGGGCAAAAAGACUAGCCGAGGGUUUCCAUAGGAUGGUGCUCAGACAGAUCCCGAGGGAGGAAAACGAGAAGGCAGAUUUCCUGGCAAAGAUAGGAAGUAUGUCCACUGACUGUACUUCAAGGAAGAUAACAAUCCUCGAGGGACAGCCAAGGGAGCGUUGUGAGGUAGCAACAACGGGGUUAGCCAAAGACUGGCGACAAAGCAUCAUAGGAUGCUUAAAGGGUGAAGUGUUAUCCUGUCGGAGGGAGCAGGGCAAGUUAGAACUGAGGUCGAGAAACUUUUGUUUAGAUAGAGGGAUAUUAUAUAAACGCGGAUUUACCAGGCCCCACCUGAGAUGCCUCAGCGAGGCCGAAGGAGCCAAUGCGAUCAGGGAGGUCCACGAGGGCUGUUGCGCGGAUCAUGCCGGAGGCCGAGCGCUCGCAACGCGAUUGCUGAGGGCAGGGUAUUUCUGGCCAACUAUGAGGAGGGACGCGGUACAAUUUGUAAGAGGUUGUGACAAAUGUCAGAGAUACGGCCCACGCAUACACACGCCCGGAGAGGAGAUGACAAUAGUGGACGCCCCCUGCCCGUUCGCCCAGUGGGGAAUCGAUAUCGUGGGUCCCUUACCACUCGCGGCGGGGCAAAGGAAGUUUCUGAUAGUCGCCAUAGAUUACUUCUCCAAAUGGGUCGAGGCCGAAGCAUUGGCAAGAAUCACGGACUCAGAAGUAAUGAAGUUUAUAUGGCAAAACAUAUGUUGUAGGUAUGGGCUACCGAGAGACCUCGUCUCAGACAACGGCACGCAGUUCAAUUCGGCACGAAUGACCAAGUGGUGUAAGGGCCUGGGUAUAAGGCAGAGGUACGCGGCGGUGGCACAUCCGCAAGCAAAUGGGCAGGUCGAGGUAACAAACAGGGUUAUAAUCGAGGGCAUCAAGAAGCGGCUGGACAAAGCAAAGGGCAAUUGGGUCGACGAGCUGCACUCGGUCUUAUGGGCGCACCGGACGUCCCCCAAGGAGGCCACGGGAGAGACUCCGUUCUCGCUAGUACACGGGUCGGAGGCGGUGAUACCACUGGAGAUCGGAAUACCCUCAAGGCGAGUAAAAAACUUCAACGAGGCGGGGAAUGAAGAAGAACUGAGAAUCAACCUGGACUUCGUAGAGGAGCUGAGAGAGCAGGCCGCGAUCCGAAUGGAAGCAAGCAAGGCAAGGAUGAAAAAUGCCUACGACAGGAAAGUAAAGAAAAGGCACUUCCAGGUGGGAGACCUGGUGCUCAAACAGGCAGACGCCCUAAAAGCCACCGGAAAAAUGGAGCCUAACUGGGAAGGACCUUACAUCAUCAAGAAGAUACUGAAGGGAGGAGCAUACGAGUUGGCCACAGCCAACGGGAGUAAACUCCCCCGGCCAUGGAACAUAGGACACCUAAAAAAAUAUUUUGCAUGA